CACGACGCGUAAACACCAAGUAUUUCUACUGCGUUCGAGUUCUCAUCGUAUUGAGUAACUUUAAAAAUGAAAUUCAUUAACUAUCAAUUCGAAAAUCUUUGAAAUUUUCUAAAAAUUACCUUGUAUAACGUUGAUAGUACAGUUGAAGUAAUAACAACUUCUCUAUUUGAUUUUUCUUGCAAACGUGACCUGCGGCCUGCAACUACCCCAAUAUUGAGCCUACUGCCGUUCGUACACUUCACGGGUUCGCACGGAACCAGCACUUCAUUGCGGUCGUCUGAAAACAAGAUGACGACUAUGAGCUUGAGAUUAACGUUUCUGCUCGCAGUCCUCGCUUGUCAUGACGUUCUAACUGCUCCUGCAGCGGAAUCAAACCGCUCCUCUGCCCUUGCCAUCUCCGAGAAAGGAGACGUAGGAGAUUUCGGCCAUGGCCGCGUGUUGUGGGUGCCUACUGACGACAGCUCGCAGCGCUAUUUCCAGGACAGAACAACAACAGGCCAAGAAGUCGCGCUUGGAGAGGAUAUGAAUGCUUCCAGAAGACCUCACCAUGUAAUGGAAACGUCAAAAGAAGAGGAUCCAAAAAUCCGUAGUGUAAAGAAGCGGUCAAUCAAGAGCAUUUCAACUUGGGGGUCCAACCCUUACUUUUUGGGCAAACGCUACAAUAGAGCUUUUUGGACAGCAAGGGGUAAGAAAAACGCAAGAGACGUAGCGUUGAGCUCUCCAGAAAUUGAAAGUAAUCAUCCAUAUUAUGACACUCAGGAUAAUCCUACGUAUGGUUCGUCUGGAGAUUUCUACUCCCAUCCUUCGAAAGAGUUCGUUGAUGGAGAAGACAUUGUGGGACUCGAAGGGUGGAAUGAUUUGAGUGAAGCGAUCCGAAAAAUGAAUAUGAUACCCGUCACGGACAAACGCCGAAGUGGCUUGUUUUGGGCAGCUCGGGGAAAACGACAAAACGAAGAUGCACCCGACGAAUAUGACUUCGAAGCCAAUAACGAAAAACGCUAUAUCAAGGAACUCAAUCCUAAAAUGCAUCAAGCAUUUGCAAAAUUCCAAUCCGGUGACAAUCCUCAGUUUUGGAUGAGUCGCGGAAGGCGAUUUUGGGCUGCUAGAGGGAAAAAAACCGUGGAUCCUUCGACCUUCAACCGCCUAGCGAGGUUGGUGAAUUCAGGAAAUGCAGACAACUAUUAUGAUCUCGAACCAACUGGGGAGAGCGAACAUACACCAGAACCUCAGUGGGGCUAUGGGGAUUGGUCUGAUUCGGAACUAUCCGGACCGCCAAUCUUUUGGGCUGUUCGAGGAAAGAAGUCCAGCGUUGCGAUGUUUGACGAUAUGAAUUCUCCCAGCGACCCGUCAAAGCAGGAAGCUUUUCAGAACAGUGAGAUGGAGAAAAAAUCUACGAACCAGUUUGCUUCAGCACUCUCGCAUUUGAGGAGCAGGGGAUUCGAAACGCCAAACUUUUGGGCCAAUCGAGGGAGGAAGAACUUCUGGGCUGCACGUGGGAAGAGGGAUCUGUCUCUUAACGACGGCAAAUUUUAGUACUCUGAGUUGCUUCUGCCUGUACGCCACUGAUAGUUGCAUUGAAGUUUGGGCUUUCCACUUAUUUUAAAUUAAUUGUUUUAAAUUGUUAAUUGCUUAUUCAAACCUACAAAUGAGUGGCGCCGACUAACCUAAACUUUUAUUAAAUAUUAAUCAAAUGGCGAUGUGCACAACUAUGCAGAUUAGAGUGAGCUACUAAAGAGCUCAGAAAAUUCGAGUGAGUUAACGUUUGGAAGUCGAUCUAGGAAGAAAUUUGUCAGAUGCAAUAAUCGAUCUUGUCUUCAUUGUUGUCCUCACUGCUACCGCCCAUCUGGAAUCUUCAUCAAUAUCCCCGAUGUGCGCUUUGUAAUCUACAUCAAUUAUGGCCCGUUCCUCCCAUUUUUUUGUUCUUCAACGAUACGAUUUAAAAGGUGUUUGAUAAUUUAAUCUGUGUAUACUUAAACUCAUUUUCGUGCAAAAAUGUCGAGAGUAUCAUAAUUCCUGUACCAAUAGAGCAUUAUAAAUAGACAAACUAAAACGUAUUUUAGUAUUUGUUGAUAUUUGUGACAACAGUUGUGCGUGGAAAUCUAUUACGCAUCUUGAAAACAAUAUGUGUAAUAGAGUUCUGUAAGGACGUUACGAACCUGUUACAUCUAUGGAUAGGCAAACACCGAUACAGACACACUUUCUUCGCAAUGAUUUCCAAUUUCAAUUUUGGCGUUUUCAUAUGAAACGUGAAGUAGUCGUGUGAAUAAUAUAUAAAAUGAAUUAGAAAUUUUAACAUAUCGCCAAUUAACGUUGACUCCAGGGUUAGUAUCGUUUCAAGAAACUUAUUCAGUGAAAAAUACGCACGAGAUAUAUUGGAUGCGAUUUGAGACUUAACUCCGAUAAAAAUAAUUUUGUCUAAAUAAUAACAUUCACCAAUUUCUCUUCGUGUCAGAGGAAGGUUAAACAAUCGUGAACGAGUUGAUAAUUAAGCCCGGCGGGCCUUUCAAGUUCUACACUCCACAGUAAAAAAAUUAAUAUAAAUAAAACUGAAUUAGAACUCAUUGUAAAAUACAGUAAACAGUAUUUUAUGUUUUCAGCGCGUUUUUAUUAGCUGUUUGGUAUUACAUCAUUAGAGCCGUAUAAUGAAAUAACACUUGA